AUGGAGGAGCAAUAUGCCAUCCCUAAUGUACUAUCUUGCGUCUGCGACGACGACAACGAGUCCAGCAUGGACACUGGGGACGAUUACCACUUCAAUGACGACGAGAACACACCGAACACACCAGGUGGUUCGUCUCAGAAUGAGGGAGGCCUGCAGGGAUAUACACCUCCCCAGGAAACUAGUCCCGACUACGAAAUACAAGAAAACAUGUAUCAUGACCAGAGUCAUCAGGACCCAUCCCAGGAACCCCCGGCACCAUGGCAGGCCACAGCAGACAUUGACGACGAUUUCGAAUCUACGCUUGGUGGACUUGUCAAGAGCUUGAACGACGAGCAGGCCCUCUUGAAUAAGAAGCAGGAGCGCGUCAACAGUGGAGCCAGGGAAGUCGUGGCCGGCGUUGCCAAACACACGUUCCAGAAACACCUCCCACAGCUGGAAAAAGUGACGGAUGGACUACAGAAAGCAUACCAACACCUGGAGGAAUUGGCUUUCCCGCAGACCAAGAACGCCGUCACACGAGCCUCGCAGUCCCCUCUCGACGAAGGCAUAGACAAAAAUGCUUUGAAACGUCGCUUGGAGAGCGCACUCAAAGCGCUAGACACCGCAUGCAAAGCGCUGCAUGGCGUAGAAACACCGGCCCAGGAGUGUCGCGAAAUGCAACCAGCAGCUUCGUACGAAGAGCAAAACAACGCCCUCACCGUGCCCCUUUCGGCGUGUCCAGACGCCGCCGGUAUGGGUAACGGCAGAACCAAUAAUUCGAGCCUGACCGGAAGGUUCGACUCUUUCCGUUUUGAGGAAGGGGACAACGACAUGCACAACAACAUGGAUCCGCUCCUUAGCUCGCUGCACCUGCUGGCUGCGGACAAUGGAAAUGAGAUCAUGACAAGCAACACGGGGGGGCCGCUUCUUUCCCCCAUGCCAGGGUGGGACAACCAGCCGGCUACCUACGCCUAUUGA